GCCACACACAACAGGUGGUUGGACCACUUGGCUCGGAGUUGCAACAGGUUGCCACACGGCGGUGUUGUUCUCAUCUGCGGUGACGUCACAGUUGGUUCAUCAGUUUGAAGUUGUGAAUGGUAACUGACAUCCAAACAUCACAGAAGAUGGCUACACCCCAAGAGAAAGCGCAAUGUGUAUCCUGGUUCAUCGAAAAAAAUCAGAUACGCAGGUGCAACGGAACUUUAGGACCAAAUAUGCGAGAGAACCACCUUCACGACCCACAAUUCGUGAGUGGCACAAAAAAUUUAUGGAGACAGGGAGUGUUCUGCAGCAAAAAGGCAGUGGUCGGCCAAGCACAAGUGCGGGAGACAUUGAACGUGUUCGUGAGGCCUUUGUCCGGAGCCCUGGUAAGUCUAUUCGUACCGCCGCGAGACAAUUGGAGUUACCUCGUUCGACUGUUCACAAAGUUCUUCACAAAAACCUGAGACUGUGCGCUUACAAAGUGCAGUUGUUACAAGCUCUUCAGCCAUCGGAUGGACCACGCCCCAAGGCUUUCGCUACAGAUAUGCUGGCUCGAAUGGACGUGGAAGAAGAUUUUCUUGGACGCAUUCUGUUCACUGAUGAGGCAAUGUUUCAUGUGUCAGGUCUACUAAACAGGCACAAUGUGAGGAUAUGGGGAUCUGAGAACCCACAUGCCUCCAGAGCACUUGUGCGCGAUAGCCCAAAAUUUUACGUGUGGUGCGGGCUAAUGAGUACCCGAAUAAUUGGGCCAUUCUUUUUCGCCGAAAAAACAAUCACAGCCAAUGUCUAUCUCGACAUGCUUACUGAAUUUGCUGUCCCACAGUUGGAUGGAAUUCAACAUCAUGUCAUCCUUCAGCAGGAUGGGGCACCACCUCACUGGGGAAUGGCAGUUCGUGCCUAUCUCAAUGAACAGUUUCCUGACAGGUGGAUCGGAAGAGAUGGUCCGAUACCGUGGCCUUCUCGUUCGCCUGACAUAACCCCACUUGAUUUCUUUCUUUGGGGUUAUGUUAAGGAUCGAGUGUACCAUACAAAUGUUCCCAACAUCGAUGAGCUGAAGCGGAGGAUCGUGCAAGCUGUAGCCUCCAUUGAUGCAGGACUUCUUGAGCGAACAUGGAAGGAAAUCGAGUAUAGGCUUGAUGUGCUGCGCGCAACUAAUGGCGCACAUAUUGAGAUUUAUUGACUGAUCAACUAGACUAAAUUCACAUAAAAACUUGGAGAGAUUCUGAUCACAAUGCUGCAAACCCCAUUCAGAUACCUUGUCACAUUAUUUUUUUAUUUUGGUUUGAAGUUGUAAAGGUUUUUUGUGGACAUUCUGUAUACGAAUGCAACGUUUUGUCAGAAUUUCAAAGCAAAUAGUGAAGAAUGUUUAGAGAUUAA